AUGGUCACCACACCGUACAUAAUCAACGAAAUUUAUGACAUUCUGCAGAAGUCCACUCCGUUCGAGUUGACGCUGGAAGCGCUCCUGGCACUAGGGGUCAUAUGGAUAGUGCUCUACAAGCGGACUACCAAAAAACCCAAAUCUUUCGCUGUUACGAACGAAGAGGAUGUGAUAGCAAAAUGGUCACCGGAACCACUGGUGGCGGAGGUGUCGGAAGAUCAUCCGGUGCUGCGGACGCGAACCGUGUACGGUGCGGUAGGCAAGCGAGUGAACGUCGAUGGCAACGAGUGUCUCAAUUUGGCGACCCACAACUAUCUCGGGCUGGCCGAGGACGAAGACAUCAAACAGGCGGCGGUGAAAAGCUUGCGCAAGUACGGUGUCGGAUCCUGUGGUCCGCGUGGCUUCUACGGCACCGUGGAUGUGCAUCUGGAGCUGGAAGAGCGGUUGGCUCGUUUUAUGGAAGUCGAGGAAGCCGUCGUCUAUUCGUAUGCAUUCUCAACCAUUGCCAGUGCCAUUCCGGCGUACUCGAAGCGAGGGGAUGUUAUAUUCGUGGAUGAGUGUGUGAACUUUGCCAUCCAAAAAGGAUUGGAUGCGUCGCGCAGUAAGAUUUUCUUCUAUAAGCACAACGACAUGGAAGACCUGGAGAGACUGCUACAGAAACAGACGGUCGAAGAUCGUCGCAAUCCGGCCAAGGCCAGGAAAAGGCGUCGGUUUCUGGUGGCGGAAGCGAUCUACAUGAACACCGGUGAGAUGUGCCCUUUGCCGCGACUCGUAGAGCUGCGGGCACGGUACAAGUUGCGGCUAUUCCUCGACGAAAGCAUAUCGUUCGGAGUGCUGGGCGACAGUGGCCGGGGACUUGUUGAGCACUGCAAUGUAGAUAAAACCGAAGUCGAUCUGAUUUCAGCUGGGCUCGAGUGGUCGGCAGCAACAAUCGGGGGUUUCUGUGCCGGUUCGUCGUUCAUCGUCGAGCACCAGCGACUGUCUGGACUUGGCUAUUGCUUUUCGGCCUCUCUGCCACCGUUACUCACUCAAGCAGCAAUCAGCGCGCUCGAUCGUUUCGAAAAAGAUCCACGGAUAUUCGAAGAACUGCGCGAUCGUAGUAGAAUGGUUUCGGAGAAGCUUGCCACUCUUAGUCAUUUUCAGUCUAGGGGUGAUCGUCUUUCGCCUGUGAAACAUUUGUAUCUCAAGGAGGCAGCCGAAAGUUGGGCAGCAGAAAAAGCCACGUUGGACAAAAUCUGCACAGAGUGCAUAGCAAACGGGGUUGCUGUGGUUGCGGCCGAGUACCUUGAAGCGAUGGAAAAACGGUGUCCACGGCCCAGCAUUCGACUCACGGUUAGUCGUUUGCUGACGGAGCAGGACGUUGAUGAUGCAUUCCGAAUCCUGCAACGAGCAUCGGAGAAAAUUCUAACAAGCAGAGGUUGAAUGAUUGCAAAAGAGCCGAAUCCAUACUACUAGUGGCUUCACCAGGGUGAGGAUCAUUGAAGAUCGUUAGAUUGUUUUAGUAAAAGCUCCAAACGGUAACACUGCGAAAACGGGAAUUGUCAGAUGUUUGUGUGUUUUCGGGAAGGAUUUCGUAAGCGGCAGCCUACCGUAUACCGGUUCAACGAAGAAAUCUUACAUUCAGCCAACAAGUUAGGCGAUGUUUACCGUUAAAUCAACAGUAGAUUAUGUUCCACUUUUACCGACUACAUUCGAGGUUAAUGGAAGGCGGGACAAAGAAGCAUGAAACUGCUGCCAGCUUGAAAUUAGUAUUGUAUAGUUUAAUUGUAUUAUAGCACAGGUGUAGCGCUUCAUACUUUUCUUAAAACACCUUUAAGAAGCCAUAUUGCAUCGUGUCGGGAAACGACGUUGUGUUUGGUUAGCUAGAAAUUACACAUUUGUUCCAUCGAGUGAGUAUUCACAAUUGCUUACGUUUUCUUUUGUUUAUCACAAGGUUUAUCAUGCAAUCAAAACUAGUUAGUGUAUAUUUUUCGUCGCUAAUUGAGAGCCUUUUAUAAUGCGUGUAUAAGCAACGUCGUGCACCCAGAGUACGGGUAGCGAAGGUCCUAUUGGAUUUUCAUAAACUUUUAGAAAAGCGAUUCGAAAAAAGAAACCCGAAGGCCAUUCAAAAUUCCUUUGGCUUUGAAUUCCUUUUUUUGCACAACUGGGGACUGAAGAUGCGUAAUCGUAUGUUAAACCCGAAGAACAAUUACCCUUUCAUUAUGGCGGGGCACAAGAUUUUGCAUGUACAAAAAACAAGUCAUAAAUUCAAUAUAGUAACUUAAUGAACGAUGAACGCUUAAGCAUAAGAAAAAGAAACCAUUUAUCUAUGUAGAGAAGUCUUAUCGGGUGGCGAACAAUUGUCGGCAAAACAUAGAGCGACGGACACAACCGGUUAGAGCGAGUAUUAAUAGGAACAGACAAACAACGGACAAAUAAACCAAAUUUUAUGAAAACUCCACAAUAUGGCCAGUCAAAAGAAGGGAUAUCGUGGAACAGCAAGAAACACACCAAGAGGAUGUGUGUUCAGAGCAUUUACUAGCAAAGCCUUACGCUUCAGAAGCAAUUUUGUCACUUAUGAAUAAAGUACGCAGUACCCUUUUUCGCCAAAUUGGCUAUUUAAUAGACUUUGUCCCAAUUGGGUGUGUCCUAGCUUUUUGCCUUUUCUCACCAUACCGGACAAACAAUCUUUGUUGCAAAUGUUUCGUGUUUUGUGUUUUGCACUGCCGUUAGCGGUCGUAGGGUUAAGAAUUAAGAUGGAAAGCCAUUUUGCUUUCGGAACUAAGGUUACAUGCUUAAUGAAAUGAGGUGUAAUAGGCAUAUCGGAAUGUAUUAUUUUUUCAGGUAACCACGCUGUAGAGUGCAGCAGCACGGAGUUUUGCUAUUCGAGCAAUAGGUUUAUUUUUUAUCACUCGCAAGGUGCAGUAAAAGAAUCAAUGGAAAACGGUAUCAAAAAUAAAACGAAAACGCUUCAUAAAACGCA